AGGUGAUAUCGCGCGAGGUUCGCAGCCAAUAAAGAGGCGGAUGUGACGGCCUGUUUGCGGCCGCCGGCGGCUACUGCAAGGCGAAAGCUGGGGUGGACGUGUCUUUUGAAACUGCUGCUCUUUCACUUCUUAGGCAUCACCGAGAGCUCAGCACCCAGGCUGAACUCUGUACCAUUUGGAAGAAUGGAAGCUGAUGCAUCUGUUGACAUGUUUUCCAAAGUCCUGGAGCAUCAGCUGCUUCAGACUACCAAACUGGUGGAAGAACAUUUGGAUUCUGAAAUUCAAAAACUGGAUCAGAUGGAUGAGGAUGAAUUGGAACGCCUUAAAGAAAAGAGACUCCAGGCAUUAAGGAAAGCUCAACAGCAGAAACAAGAAUGGCUUUCUAAAGGACAUGGGGAAUACAGAGAAAUCCCUAGCGAAAGAGAAUUUUUUCAAGAAGUCAAGGAGAGUGAAAAUGUGGUUUGCCAUUUCUACAGAGACUCCACAUUCAGGUGUAAAAUACUAGACAGACAUCUGGCGAUAUUGUCCAAGAAACACCUCGAGACCAAAUUUUUGAAGCUGAAUGUGGAAAAAGCACCUUUCCUUUGUGAGAGACUGCGUAUCAAAGUCAUUCCCACAUUAGCACUGCUAAAAGAUGGGAAAACACAAGAUUAUGUUGUUGGGUUUACUGACCUAGGAAAUACAGAUGACUUCACCACAGAAACUUUAGAAUGGAGGCUCGGUUCUUCUGACAUUCUUAAUUACAGUGGAAAUUUAAUGGAGCCACCAUUUCAGAACCAAAAGAAAUUUGGAACAAACUUCACAAAGCUGGAAAAGAAAACUAUCCGAGGAAAGAAAUAUGAUUCAGACUCUGAUGAUGAUUAGAGCUCAAUAAUUCUUUGUAAAUUGUCUUUUUUUUCCUGCUUCAGAUUUAAAUGUGUUUUUAAAAUUCUAUUAAUGUCUAUACAUUGGUCAUCUAAAUACUCAUAUUCUCGAGUUUUAUACAGUUGUAUCACAUCGAAAGGUGUCUUUACUACUUUCUGUGUGGCCAUCAUGUUUAAGUUGAGGAAAACUCAGUUCUUAAAUUAUCUGGGAAGGGUCUGGGUUCUCUAUUUUUGAGAUUGACUUUAUCACAAUAUGAUUCUUACAUCUUUAUACCAUUUACAAUUGUGUUUUAGAUCUACAGAGUUAGAAAUUCAAAAACUAUUCCAGGACUAAUUCUUAAUCGGCAUUAUUUAUACAAGAGGUCAAGUAACAUUUACUAGUGCAAUACUGCACUUGUAAAUGAAUUAUAAACACUCUUCUGGAAUAUAUUUAAAUAACCAUUAAGGAACUGCUUAUUUAUUCUGGACACUGCAUGUUGAUGUUGAAUCAACUGAUGCCAGCAGAAAGCUAUUUUGAUUUGUGAACAUACUGCCUUAUUUAAAGGGUCCUGAUUGCUUGUAUUUUAAGACAUUGAUUAAAAAGAAACCAGGAAACACUUUUGAAAUAACAGCAUAAGGAACUUCACUGUCUCUGCUCAAUAAAACACCUGUAACUGGAA